UUUAAGUGUAUAUGGAAUGUGAGGCGCCGAAAUUAAACUUGAAGAUUUGACAGCCAACAGUCGAAAUGUUUAGCCUUUUAAGAAAGAAGAGUAAUUUAUCUCAAUCGUCACAGGUAAGCACAUCCUGUCCAUCCAUCAGCAGCCCUGGUACCACCGAAGACUCAUCAAAUGUAUCCCAGGAUUCCACAGGAUCAUCAGAAACAGAUGAAGAAGAUAUUCCCAAAGCCUCCAGAAGUCAGAGAUUGUUUGCACGGAAAUCCAUCCGUAGACAGAGAAAACGUGAAAAAGACUUUGAGAAGAAGAUUAAACACAAUAAAAUUACAAUGGAGGACUAUUUAAGUAAACAGACAGAAUUCAAAUUAUGGUUAACUGAAGAGAAACAUAAAACAAUCACAGAUAUCAAGUCACCAAAAGCGAAAUCAUAUUUUAAAUCUUUUGUUAAAUUGUGGAAUAAACGAAAACUGGCUCAGAAAUAUUAUCGAGGAACAUUGAGCUGUGAGACUCCCCCAAAUCAACAAGGCCUUAGUAAACAGAGAUUUAACUUUGUGUCAUCACUUGAUGAAUCCCCAUUCCCUAACUCUGUUAGUUUCCCCCAGACAAUUGAUCUGAGUCAUGAGGGCUCUAUUUUAUCUGACUCCCCAUUUUCAACAUUUGGUAAAACACCAGGUAGUCCAACACCCGUCAUCAAAACUCCAGGAAGUGGACAUGAUUUAUUGGAUUUAAAGAGGAAAGCUAUAUUUAACAACAUGGGUAGAGAAUCCGUUGAUCAACCCAAAUUUUCUGACCAAUCAAUUCAUACAUACAGUUCGGCAUCAGACAGUAACGGACGUAAAAAGUCUGGAUCAUCUGGGUCUGCUUCUUUGAGUUCAGAAUCAUCCGGAUCAGUGUCUGAUUCUCCAAGGUCAUCAAAAUCUUCCAAGAGUAGAAAAGAUAAGGAAGAGAACCUUUAUAAGGUAACAUUGCUGUCCUGGACAUCGAAGGGUGAACUGAAAGUACAUCCAGCUAAAAGUCCUAAUCUUCCAGACAUAGCAGAAUCUCCAGGUGUUGAUCCAGAUAUUCUUGCAAAACACAUCACGUCAACUGAAUACUCAGCAAUUGAUGAACAUAACAUGAGCAUACCAUAUAAGGAAGUAGAAGAUGCUGUCAUGGACACCAAUGAUCCAACAUAUUGUGAGGUUGAAUUGCACGAUCCCACUUAUGCUUCGCCAUACAACUCAAAUAAAUUUAUGACAAAACUGAAAACGGACAACAACGAUGAUGUUUUUAACAGCAGCAACACCAAAUCGAGCUGUGAAGAUCUUUAUGCUGUUCCUAUCAAAAAGAAAAAAUCAAGUGACCAGUCGGAAACAGUUUCUCUAACAUCCAAUGAGAGUGCAACACAGUUGGACCGGAAAGUUAGUACGAAAUCGGGAAAUCAUGUGGAGAUGGACAAACUCUCUGAUAUUGUUAGUUCUGGAUCAGAUUUUAGUUUGACGUCCGGAUCAUCCAGUGAGUCACUUAAUCAUCAUCUUAUUGUGCCUGGUCAAGAGGGUCUCAACAAAGCAUCCAGUGCACCAGAGCUAAGUACAAUAAUUGAGGGUGAUGUGACGAAGGCUGCCGAUUUCACAAACAUAACCGCCUUAAAUAUGACAACCCUUAACAACAGUUACCUAGAUACCGCUAAUAAAUCUGGUAACCGUAGUUACGUGGAUAUGGACCAAUGGAAGAAAGGUAUAAAAGCUAGGAGUGCAAGAGUUGAUGAGACUUUAAUGAACACAACAGAAGACAUCGAGGAUGUACGAAUAGAGCCUGCUGGGAGUGAAUUCCAACAUCGCUUAUCCAAAAUGGCUGACUACAGACUAGCAUCAUCAAGUACACCAGAUCCGCUGACAAGGCAACGCAAACGUAAUCCAACUGAACCAUGUCGACGGGUCAUCAGCAAACAACCAGAUAUAACACAAAGCUCAAACAUCCAGACUCCUAAAAGAACUCUUUCUGAUCCAUCUCAAGUGAGUGAGCAAAAAGAAGAAUCAUUUGGAAAAAAAACUGGAUCCAUUUUAAGAUCCUCAUUACCCACUCCCCCUCCACCUCCUCCCCGGAAUCCUAAAUAUUGUAAAUUCUCUUCAAACGGUCAAAAGAAUUCUGUUGGUACCAUUCCAAUAAUUCAAGUCGAACCUCCAACAACCCCUGAAGUAAAAUCCCCAGGUUCAGAAAGCUGGCCCACUCCACCACCAUGUCUGGAUGACGUGCUGGAAGGUCAGGAACAAGAUGAAGGUAAAAGAACUGGAGAUAUUUGGCCCACUCCUCCAACACCGUACGAUUUCGUUCGCGAUUACAAAACUACAUCCGGGACUCCAGAUCCUUGUCUACUCUGGCCAACGCCACAGCCUCCUGAUCCAAAAUCACUUGAACAUGCAGCUACACCUGACUCUGUUUUUGAAUCCUCAAAGAUGUGGCCUACUCCUCCCUCACCAUGGGAAAACAUGUCAGAAUCUCAAACCGUAUCCACUCCUUUAGUCGAGAAGACAAAUUCAGAUGAUGAAGCUCCUCAGCUUGUAACUGCAGAUUUCAUUUCCUCAAAGACUGAGCCAGUGAUCAAUAAGGUGCUGCCAGUUGAAGAAUCUCGAAUUGAGCCACAAGUGAAAAGUAUGCUAGAUGAAGAAUCUCAAAUAAGGCCACCAGUUAUGAAUCUCAUUACAAAACAAACUACUCAGAUUCUGGGAGAUCAAAGCAACAUUCUUUCAUUUGAUGAUGGGGAAAAUGUGGGAGAGAAAAACAACAUUGUUUCAAUUGAUGAUGGGGAAAAGGUGAAAAAGGAGGACGAAGUAAAAGACAAUAAGAUGAGCAACGAGAACAUCAUGGUUGAGGACAAGGAGAUUACUCGGGUUCUCGGAGAUAAAAGCAACAUUCUUUCAAUUGAUGAUGGGGAAAACUUGAAACAGGAAGACAAAAAGAUAAGCAACGAGAACAGCAAGGCUGAGGAUUUCUCUGAGGAUAAGGAAAAUGAAGGAGAUGUUAGAAAGAAUGGGAUAAACAGAAAGAAUUUGGUGGAACGUCAAAUGUCCACAGCAUCAAUAGAACGAUUCGAAACAGAUAUAGACUCAGUCAUUGACAGUCCUCAAGCCAUGGAAACAGAAACUAAGAAACGACUAGUUUUAGAGACUGUAGUAUAAAUAACGUCUAAUUGUUCUUGUAAUUCUUGUAGAAUUUAGUUACUAUAGCCUGGCUGUCAGAUUGAUUAUUUAACAUUUAAUUAAA